AAAGAAAUUUUUGCAUUUCGAUCUUUGGAUGCUGUUUGGUUACUGUUUUUUUUUUUUCCUUUUUCCCAUUCAUUUAAGAGCUCACCCAUGGCGCAGUUCAGUAUCUUUCUUUAUGAUUCUGCUUUGUGGGCAAGUAGAAUUUGAAUUAUCGAGUGUUUAAUAGAGUAAGAAUGUGUAUUCUGAAUAACAAUUAUGAGUGGAUUGGAUAUGCAUAUGCGUGGUGAAGAAUCAGCUUCUGGGAAGAGAGAGCUUAGAGAUUAUUUAGCUUCUCAACGUGUUCAUUCCCGCCAUAGGCGAUCUAGAAGCUCUUCAGACAAGAACUCCAAUGGGUUUAGAGGCGGAAGUCUGCAUUCUAAUAGCAAGAAUGACCGGAGUGAUGCACAAGCAUCCCCACUUUCUACGAGCGGUAUCAGAGCACGAAGUCCUCUACAUGAGCAGUCUACAGAUUUUAAUGACAAUUCAUCAACUAAACAGCGAGCAUCUUUAGAAAAUGAUAUCGAGUUGCUACAGCUGCGGUUGCAACAAGAGAGAUCUAUGCGAAGUAUGCUUGAAAGAGCAAUGGGUCGUGCAUCUAGUACUUUAUCUCCCGGCCACAGGCACUUAGCCCAGACGAAGGAUUUGAUCUCAGAGAUUGAAUUGCUUGAAGAAGAGGUUGCAAACCGUGAACAGCAUGUUCUCUCUCUCUACAGAAGUAUUUUUGAAAAUUGUGUUAGUAAGCCAUCUUCUCAGCAAAAUUCAGUUACAGCCUCUCCUGCUCAUGGAAAGCAUGAAUCAAGAAAACACCCCAGUAUCAUUUCGAGCGCAUUUUGUUCAUCGAGGAAGUUUCCUUUGGGACCUUUGCAACCUUUCUCUGUAAAUGACUUGGGAAAAAGAACCUCAAAUGCUGGUCCUAAUUCUUUGUUUGGAGGUAAAAGCGACAUAAGUACGGGAAAAACUUCAGGCACUGCAAAGGUUCGUGAAGCUUUUUCCCAGAUGAAGAGAACUUCUCUGCGAUCUCUAAAAGAUCAUCUUUUUGAAUGUCCAAGUAAAUUAUCAGAGGAGAUGGUGAGAUGCAUGGCUUUCAUAUACUGCUCUCUUCAUAGAGUGGCAUCAAACAAGGCUCAAAAAAAGGCAGGUUCCUUCCCUCAAGUUAAACAGCCUCAACGUGAACCGGUGGAGGAACAAUUUGGGGGUGGGAAAGCAAUGCUGGAAAUACAUUGCAUAUCAACCAAUAACAGCCAGUUCUCUCGUGCUUCGUACGCAAUCAACAAUUACAGAGUAUUAGUUGAGCAGCUGGAAAAAGUGAAUGUUAGUAAGAUGGGGAUUGAUGCUCAAACUGCAUUCUGGAUUAAUGUCUAUAAUGCUCUUCUAAUGCAUGCCUACUUGGCAUAUGGAAUUCCUCAUGGCUCUCUAAGAAGGUUGGCUUUGUUCCACAAGGCUGCUUAUAACAUCGGUGGCCAUAUCAUCAGUGCAAAUGCGAUAGAGCAAUCAAUUUUUUUCUUCAAAUCUCCCCGAAUAGGAUGGUGGCUUGAAACCAUCAUUUCAACUGCGCUGAGGAAGAAGUCUGGGGAAGAAAGGCAACUCAUCUCGUCAAAAUUGGGUCUUCCUAGUCCUCAACCUCUUGUUUGCUUUGGCCUUUGCACGGGUGCCUCUUCAGAUCCUGUGCUGAAAGUAUACACGGCAUCAAAUGUUAAAGAGGAGCUUGAAGCGGCCAAAAGGGAUUUUCUCCAAGCGAAUAUAGUUGUGAAGAAGUCGAAGAAAGUAUUCCUACCAAAGGUGCUAGAAAGAUUUGCACGCGAGGCAUCCAUCAGCUCAGACGAACUCCCAAAAUGGGUUUCUGAUAAUGUCGAUGGGAAGCUCCAGGAGUCGAUACAGAAAUGUAUGGAACACCGAACCGGCAAAAAGACAUCUCAGAUCAUCGAAUGGUUACCUUACAGCUCAAGGUUUCGGUAUGUAUUUUCUACCAAUCUAACUGAAAGGCCAUGGUGGUCGUAAGAUUCACAAUGUUGUUAACUCAUCGAUGUGAAGUUUCGAAAAUAGUAGGACCAACAAUUUUUCUGCUAAUCUGAGGGGAAAUGGAUUUAGGUUGUUGAAACUUGAAAUAACUCAUUUGAUUGUGUAUAUAUAUUGGGUCUGAUUGUUGCAACUUA